AUGACCUUCAAGGACUUCCCCGAGCUCAGCGAAACAAGCCAGGCUGAACUUGUCGAGAAACUUCUUCAAUGGGCAUUGGCCAAUGGCUUGGUUAUGUAUCCACCAAACUAUGAGGUCCAUUCUACCAAUAAUGCACCAGUUACCCUUUAUCCAACGCCGUUUCCUAAAGAUAUGUUCGAACGGGCAGUGAAUGUGCAGCAGGGAUUCAACAAGUUGUAUGUGAGUGUGGUUGCGAACCAAAAAAAUUGGCUCAUUGACUUGAUUGAGGGCCUCUCAGAUUACGACAAGGACUUCACGGGGAAGUUGUAUGAAACAUACAUCAAAGCGGUAGAAUUUGGCAAGGGCAAAGUUGUGCAGCCAUUGUCAUUGGGUAUCUUCAGGUCAGACUAUAUGUACAACCAAGCAGAUCAUUCGAUAAAGCAGAUUGAGUUCAACACUGUCAGUGUUUCGUUUGGCGGAUUGUCGUCUAAAGUUGGUCAAUUACACAAUUACUUGAACAAUAGUGGGGCUUAUGAUGAAAGCUAUUCUAACAAGUACUACUCAGAGCAUGAUCUUCCCAUAUCAGACUCUAUCGACCAAAUCGCCAACGGGUUGGCGCAAGGUAAUUACUUUUACAAUGGCGAAAAGCAAAACACAGCCACGGUAGUCGUCUUUAUCGUGCAAAAUGGCGAAAGAAAUUGCUUUGACCAGCGGCAUAUAGAAUAUGCUUUGUUGAACAACUUCAACAUCAAGUCCUACCGCUUCUCUUUGGAGCAAGUGGAAUCGCACUUGACAGUGAACUCGGGAAAGCUUUAUGUCAAAAAGACCAUGGAUGAAGUUUCUGUGGUUUACUUUAGAUCAGGAUAUUCGCCAGUCGAUUACGAAUCUGAUCCUGAGUCAACAUGGGCAGCUCGUUUAUUUCUUGAGAACUCGGCAGCAAUCAAAUGCCCUUCGGUUUUGACCCAGCUUUCCGGAGCCAAAAAGGUACAGCAGGUCUUAACUAGUAGAACUACUGUGGAAAACUUCUUACCAGACGCAUCCGAGGAAGAGGUCAAUGAGCUUCUCGCUACUUUCGUUAAAAUAUAUCCCUUGGACAACUCUGAGGAAGGUCAGUUGGCAAAGAAGCUUGUUGCAGAGCAUCCAGAAAACUUUGUUUUGAAGCCUCAGAGAGAAGGAGGAGGUAACAAUGUUUACAAAGAGAAUAUUCCCAAGUAUUUGAAGAGCUUACCUGAAAAAGAAUGGGAAGCAUAUGUGUUGAUGGAACUCAUCCAUCCUCCAACACACAAGAAUAAAAUUAUCCGCAACAGCGAUGUUUAUCACGAGGAAAUCAUCUCCGAAUUGGGUAUUUUUGGAACUGUGGCUUUCAACGAGGAGACAGGUGAAAUUUUGGCCAAUGAAAAUGCCGGUCACUUGUUGAGAUCGAAGUUCAGUUCAAGUGAUGAAGGUGGUGUGGCCGCAGGAUUUGGCUGUGUCGACAAUGUCUAUUUAUACUAA